GUCUAGGAGCACCCCAAUAAACUAAAUAACUUUACACGCGGGGCUGUCUGCAAAAUACUUGUUCUAGGACAUACUACAAAAAUCCCCCUUUCCUCCGUCUUUCCCUCCCCAUUUCUCUCUCCUAUAUCAUCCUCUUCGGUUUCUUGCUCUUCAUCACCGAUUAUCUUAGGUUGUCUAAGUUCCUAUCUUCUUCAACAAUGGAUUCCUAUGGCUUUCAUGAUGGUAACAUUUCCAAUAUCAUUUACAACCGUACAAUCGACUUUCGCCAUGAUGUGAAACAUACAUUACAAAUGCACUCAUCCAUGAUACGGAGGUUGUCGCUCGAAAGGGAAUUGGAGGGACACACAGGUUGUGUAAAUACGAUUGCAUGGAACUCAACUGGCUCACUCCUGAUUUCCGGCUCAGAUGACACGAGAAUUAAUGUUUGGAAGUACAUUGGUCAUAAGCUUUUGACUAGCGUUGAUACGGGUCAUUCUUCCAACAUAUUUUGCACGAAAUUUAUGCCUGAGACUUCUGAUGAGAUUGUGGCAUCUGGGGCUGGUGAUGCAGAGGUUCGUGUGUUUAAUUUAUCUUGCAUAAGUGGAGGACGUGUUGAAGACACUCCUGUUACUCCUUGUGCUCAUUUUCAGUGUCACACUAGGAGAGUGAAAAAAUUAGCGGUUGAGGUUGGAAAUCCUAAUGUUAUCUGGAGUGCUAGUGAAGAUGGAACCUUAAGGCAACACGAUUUUCGUGAAGGUUCUUCAUGUCCUCCUGCUGGAUCCUCCAAUCAAGAAUGUCGCAGUGUACUGCUUGACUUACGUGGUGCUUCAAAAAGGUCCUUGGCUGAACCACCCAAACAAACACUUCAAUUGAAGUCCUUUGAUAUCAGUGCUACAAGACCCCAUCUGCUUCUUGUAGGGGGAAGUGAUGCAUUUUCUCGUUUAUACGAUAGAAGGAUGCUGCCUCCUCUGUCGUCCUGCCAGAUAAAAAAUUCGCCACCUCCGUGUGUUAGCUAUUUCUGCCCAAUACAUCUUUCUGAGCGGGGACGUUCAAGAUUGCAUCUGACUCAUGUAACAUUUAGUCUGGAUGGCGACGAAAUUCUUAUGAGUUAUAGUGGAGAACAUGUCUAUUUGAUGGAUCUAAACCAAGGCAGUGGAAAUGCUAUGCGGUACACAUGUGGAGAUUUGGUAAAGCAUUGGAGCUUUCUUCCUAUUAAUGGAGUAGAAAUCACCUCAGCAAAAAACUGUUCGACUGUGCAGCUUUGCAAAAGCAAAAAACUUUUGGAAUUUGCAGAAACAUGCUUAAAAGAGGGGACAGAGUAUUAUUAUGGAAUUGAAGCAUGCAAUGAAGUUCUUGAUGGAGGUUAUAGAAUUGAUCUCCAGCUUAAGCAUGCUUGUCUUUGUACACGUGCUGCCUUGCUUCUUAAGAGGAAGUGGAAAAAUGACACUCACAUGGCUAUAAGGGAUUUAAGUCAAGCUCGAAAAAUUAAUUUAUCUUCAUUUAAAGUAUACUUCUGCAUGUCUGAAGCUUUAUCUCAGUUAGGCAAGCAUAAAGAAGCCCUAGAUUUUGCUCUAGCAGCUCAAUGUCUGGAUCAUUCAAAUGCUGAAGUCUCAGAAAGGGUGGAAUGUAUUCGAAAGCAGCUUUCAGCAGCCGAAGCUGAGAAGAGCAAGAAGUCAAAUGAUGUAGGAUCCAAGUCUGAACCAUAUGCUGACAGACUGAUAUCAUUAGGUGACAUCUUUUACCGCUCAGAGGCUAACAGUGAUACUUCACAAGAGGGUCCUAGAUCCGAGAGAGAUGACUCUGACUAUGAUGAAGAAUUGGAGUUGGAUUUUGAAACAUCAAUGUCAGGUGAUGAGGGUCGUGAUGCUGAACAGAAUGUCCUUCAUGGAAGUUUGAAUGUGAGAAUUCACCGAAGAGCUGAUUCAGCUAGAGAAGCCAGUGCUUCAAAUGGUUCCUGCAGAUCUCCAUCUUCUUAUAAAAAAGAGAGCACGAGUUAUCAGAUUAUUUGUGCAUUGCAGCCAGAAGCUGUCAUUGAUAUGAAACAGAGAUAUGUUGGUCACUGCAAUGUAGGAACUGACAUAAAACAAGCUAAUUUUUUGGGCCAGAAUGGUGAUUAUAUUGCAAGUGGAAGUGAUGAUGGAAGAUGGUUUAUUUGGGAAAAGAAAACUGGAAGACUGGUCAAAAUGCUCUGUGGAGAUGAAGCUGUGGUUAACUGUGUCCAAUCCCAUCCAUUUGAUUCUGUUGUGGCUACCAGUGGAAUAGAUAGUACAAUUAAGAUUUGGACUCCUAUUGCUCCAGUCCCCUCUAUGGUAGCUGGUGGCUCAGCAGGUCCCAAUACAUUCAAUGUCUUGGAAGCGAUGGAAGGCAAUCAACGUAGCUUGUGUCGGGCACGUGAAACUACUCUGCCCUUUGAGCUGUUGGAGAGGUUCCACAUGCAUGAUUUUACUGAAGGAACGUUACAUCCUUUUGAGUGUGCGCAGAGCUAAUUGCCCCCACGACUUUAAGGUGAUUAAUAUUAUGAGCCGGAUUCUGCUUGUUGAUAACCCUGAAUAAUUUCAUGGCAUACUAAAGCAUCUGCAAAAUUUAUUCUUCUCUCUCCUUGACUGAAAGGAUCACAGGAAGAUGUAGUUGCAAUGUGUUUAUGUAAACUGUGUGGUUUCGCAACACACAGUAAUUAAGUAGAGUCUGAAAAAAUAGGCUUUUUAAGCAUAACUUGCCAUUGUAAUUGAUUCAAUUUUUCUGUCAAGUAAAUAAAAGCUUCUCUUACUCAAGUGUAAAGAAAUUUAAAAUGAAAUAGAUUUUAUAAAAAAUUUCUAUGAUAAUAUAUAGAGUCUUUUCCCAUAAUAUUGCCCAAAAACAAACUAAUUCCCACUUUGCAAUAUUA